CGGAACUAGAAUGGAAUAGAGACUGGGGGGGUUGAUGGUGGAUGGUAUCCACACAGGCGGAGGAAGAGUACGCUCUAGAGCUCCUCCUGGUGUAUCGAGGGUCAAACAGCACGGUGGUUUGCCAAACGACCCAGUGGUCCGGCAGAAUUCGCGGAUAAGUGAGGAAGUCUUCAUUGGAACGCUCAGUAAGGGAGCUUCAGGAAGGCAGAACAAUCUACGAAGGAAGAGAGGGAGGUCCAAGAUGCCGGGGGCAGAACAGCAACCUCGAGAAGUGGGAACUGAGAAGGAAGCGGGCCAGGCGGAGCCCGACAAAGUAUUGGAUCAGCUGCCUGGUGAGCAGCGGGUAACGGUGGCGGAACGGACACAAGAGCAAGGGGAGGAAGAGGAGGGAGGUAAGGGAGAUCGAACUAGCAGUCAGCAGUGGAGGCAAGUGGGGAAAGAGAGUGAUGAGGGGGCAAGAAAGAAAGAGGGAGAAGGGGAAACGGUGCAAGGGGGGGAGGAGAAUAGGGAAGAUAAAACGGCCAACCUGGGGAGCGGCUUGAACAAAGGAGGCGAGAAUGAGAAUUGUGGACAGGACAGGAGGGAAGAUAGAACAGAAUCAUUGAAGCAAAGCUGGAUGUUGAGGAUCGGACAUGGCCAAGGAUGGCCAGGUGAGUGGAAAGGAAACGAGAACCGGGUGGGGACGGACCAUGAAAGGGGUGGGUCAGGAAUACAGGAAGAGGGGAUGGUGAUAGGAAAGGAAGAGGUAGCCUCGGGAGAGUCUGGAACACGCCAAGCCCCGUAUAGGCCGGAGGAUGUUUCAGCGGCACAGUCAUCCUCAGUAUCUCCUAUCCCCAGGGAGGUGAGCUAUGGGAUGCUAGUAGAGGGGCUAACAGCGACGGUCAGCAGUUAUGGGAAGGAAAUGGACUCAGAUACCGCUGACACUUCGGACACCGACACCCCAGGUGACAGCCAAGGGGUGAUGCAACAGCCAGAGGAACACGAGGAAGGAGGGAUAGGGGAGCUGGAGGAGGAGCAGCGAAGGAAUCGAAGGGAAGCUUCGCUGGAUAGUGAUCUGCUACAAGUCACCAACUCCAGAACGGGAGAUGGCCUAGGAGAAGAGCCAAGCGAAACAGAUGGGGAAGGUGUCUCAACUCAAGAAGAUAAGACGGGAACGGAGGACGGUCCUGCAGAGGAAAGGAUUCUGGGGGAGGAACAGUGUACCGGGAGCGCUGUCGCCUUUACUUCUAUAGACUUGGAGAAAGCAUAUGACCAGGUCCGCUGGGAGUUCCUCCUGCAGGGGAUGGCGCGUAGGGGGAUAGGAGGUAUCUUCUGUGGAUGGGUGAGAAGUAUGCUAAAAGGAGCAACAACGGUGAUGCAAGUUAAUGGGGUAAGGUCAGACAAAUUGAAGAUUACCAGAUGGACGCAUCGUAGAUGGAAUGAGCAAAAUGCAAUCCUGGCCGCUCUACCGGACCAGAAACAGGCGGGCUUGAUAUGGAAGCUCUAUCGUUUGGCAAUCCCCACGGCACAAUGGCUUGCAGCCAGGAGCCGGCAUAAGGAUCAGACAUGUGCAGUGGGAUGUGGGCAGGUGGAGACUGUUCCACAUCUCUCCGUGCGAUGCCCGGUUGUUCAAUCAUUCCUGGAAUGGUGGGCGCGGGAACUGGCAGAGCAUUCCCCACUGAAUGUCACGGAAGAGGAUGAUGUGGCCAUACGCCUCGGAGCCUUGAUGAAAGUGAAUAGAUCGAGACCGGAAGAUCUGGUGGCAGCGGAGACCAUACGUGCAGCGGUAUUGUGGACCCUGUGGACUCUGAGGAAUGAGAGGUGUCGACAGGGAACAUUUCCACCGCUGCAGGCUUACCAAGAAAGAGCGUUGGAAAAUAUUAGAACUGCUAUACUGGCUGACCUGCACAGAAGCAUGCGGGCAGGAGAACAGAAGGAGAAAGGUUUCUGGGCCGCAUGGGAACCAUACUCGCAGCUGCUCACCCAGGAUCUUCAGACCGGUCGUAUGCUGUUUGGCCCACUGCUGACGCGCCAUGCGCCGGUAAUCGACGCAGAGGAGGAAUCAGAUUAGGAAGAUUGAACCUCAUGAAAGCAGCUGAUUCAUAUCAUAUUUAGACUAGGGUGGGAAAGUUAGGAGAACUACGAUACAAUUAGGAAUUUAGGAUAGAAUAGAUGUAUUAUCAUAGUGUAGAGUCUGUAGACCUGUAGAAGUUAAUGGUCAUGAAAAGAUGGGGAACUUCAGAUUAGAAAAGCAAAAAUAUAGGUAAGAAUCCGUAAGAUAUACAAGAAUGAAAGGAAACUUCAGGAGGGGAUAUGACUUAGGGAUAAAGAUUGAUAGAUGGG